AUGGCGGCAACUAAUAAGGUCUUUGUUGCUAUUAUCGAUCUCUGCUAUAUCUCGACUAGCAAGAAGGCUCUCUUCAAUGACGACUACUCUAUAGCCACCGAGAACGUCUUCCAAGAACUCGCCGCCUCGACUAAAUCGCCCUUGAAUUUGCCCCAGGUAGCCGAUUACUUGGCUGCGGCACCAUCAAAGGUCAUUCUUGUGGACAACACUAGUUCCCAAGACGUCGCGGAUACCUAUCCCCUCUUUUUAAGCCGUGGUAUCAGUAUCGUCACACCGAACAAGAAGGCCUUUUCGGGUUCGUAUAAGCUAUGGCAGGAUAUAUUCACGGCUGCUGCUACGUCUGGAGCCAAGGUUUACCAUGAAUCAUCUGUCGGAGCUGGUCUCCCUGUUAUCUCGACACUCAAGGACCUUGUAGAGACUGGCGACGAGGUGACUAAGAUUGAAGGUGUAUUCAGUGGUACAAUGUCCUUCCUCUUCAACUCUUUUGCUCCGGUCGAGGGUUCUGGUGGCCAAUGGUCUGCUGAAGUCAAGCGAGCGAAGGAAUUGGGUUACACAGAACCAGACCCUCGGGACGAUCUAAACGGACUUGAUGUGGCGAGGAAGCUGACAAUACUUGCCCGAUUGGCGGGCCUCCCUGUCGAAUCCCCCACUUCAUUCCCCGUACAGAGCCUGAUCCCGAAGGAGCUGGAGUCUGUCGCUAGUGGAGACGAGUUCUUGCAGCGGUUGCACGAGUUCGACUCUCAAAUGGAGGAAACCAAAUCCGCAGCGGAAAAGCAAGGCAAAGUAGUAAGAUUUGUGGGCAGUAUCGACGUGGGUGCCAAUGCCGUCAAAGUCGGCCUCGAGACGUUCGAUAAAUCGCACCCGAUCGCGGCCCUCAAAGGAAGUGACAACAUCAUUAGUUUCUAUACCAAACGGUACGGCGCAAAUCCUCUAAUCAUACAAGGCGCUGGUGCCGGAGGAGAGGUGACGGCAAUGGGGGUCACCAGCGAUCUGAUCAAAGUCCUGUCCCAAAUUUCGUAG